AUGCCCGCGGUCGCCGCGUCCCUCUCGGGUCCGACGGACGGCCCGGUCCUCGUGGUGGGCGCCACCGGCAACACGGGGCGCAGGGUGGUGGCUCAGCUUCGCGCCAAGGGCGUCGCUGUUCGUGCCGGGUCCCGGGACACCAAGAAGGCCUCCUCGCUCGGCCUCGCCGCCGCGGGAGCCGAGCUGGUCCAACUCGACGUCCUCGACAAGGCCAGCAUCGAGGCCGCCAUGCAGGGAUGCACCGCGGUCAUAUGCGCCACCGGGUUCACCCCGUCGUUGAACUUCAAGAAGGAUAACCCAGCCAAGGUUGACCACGAGGGCACCGAUAACCUCGUCGCCGUGGCCACGGCGCCGGGGAGCUCCGUCAAGAGGUUCGUGCUCGUCACCUCGCUUCUCACCAACGCCAAGGCUGCGGGCCAGGGCAACAACGACAACUACAAGUUCCUCAACGCUCUCGGCGGGGUCCUCGACGAGAAGCUCGCCGCCGAGCUCAACCUCCGAGCGUCCGGACUGGACUACGUCAUCGUCAGGCCGGGGGGGCUCAGCAACGAGGCGCCGGAGGCUGUGGGCAACCUUAUCGUGAGAGGGGAGGAUACCACGUUCGGGCUGGAGACGGACCCGGGCCGCGAGAUCAGCAGGGACACCGUCGCGGCGGUCUGCGUUGAGGCUCUCUUCCAGGACGCCGCGGCCAAGAGGGUGGUUGAGGUUGUGUCCUCGCCAAGCGCGCCCCUUUUCCCUCCCAACAAGUGGUUCGCGUGA